AUGGCCACAUGGAACGUGACCUUUACAGAUUUCACUACAGUGCCUACGACGCUUCCGCCGCUACCCAAACAGCCGUUUGUCUGGACCAACACGUUAAUUGUUGUCGUAGCCGUUGCAGCAUACGCUGUAUUCUGUAUAAUACUCUGCCUGCUCUACCGGUGCCUGCGCUCCCGUGGAUCCAAAAAAUCAUCCCCAUGUAACAAUUUUACUUGUGCACCGUUAACGACAUGCCUCGAAUGCGGUUGCCUCAAUGCAUGUUCGGAAAGCCUGGAAGCCCGCUGCACAUGGUGCACCCGCUCGUCUUCCGCCUGCGACUCCCUCCUGGACCGCUGCUGCCCGAAAAGGAACAUCCUGGACUGCGAGGACAUCAUUCUCUGUAAGGGCGCCAAAAUUAACGUUACCUGCCCGAAAUUCUGCAUGAACGCCGAGAAAUCCGGUGUCUGGGACCGUUUUCUCGCGCGCCGGAAACAGUUGUGCGGACCCCGGAAACCGCCUAUUUGUUGCCGUUACGAGUCAGACGCGGCAUGCUGUGGGUACGGCGGCAACGGCAACUGUCGGUUCUUCUGCUUGGAAUGCACAACCCGCGACCGGAAACGCCCGGCGACCGAGGCACCCAGUCCGGCUCCCAUCGCCUUCACCCCGGGAUUGGGAGGGUACUAUCCGCCUUACCCGCCGCCAUCCGGACAACCCUUCACCAUCCAACCAGGUUACGUCCCUCCUCCGGGAUUCCUGGGACCGGCAAUGUAUCCCUGGGGCCCCACGCCGACGUCCCCGCACUCGGACACGGCGACACCCAUCCCACCGCCCCGGGAUCCAGGGUUGGUGCAGCUGCCGCCGGGGCCGGGGGUUGUGGUGGAUUUGUCGGUGCAUCAGAACCGCUUGCAUGAGAUGUCGGAGGGAAUCGCGCGGAAAGUGGAGGAAAUGGAAAAGGAAAUGGUAGAGAGCAGUUCGGUGAUGGAGUCCACAGAGAUGCCCAGUACAUCUGCGGCGGCGCCGGCAAGACCGCCGCGGAUGGUUGACUUGCCGCAAGAUACCAAUAGCCUUCGCUAUUGAGGCGCGUUUUUUUGUGUACCUAUGUACAUGGAAGUACUGCCGAUUCAAACGCGCACUUUCCAAGAUGGCCGUGUAUUUUGUUCGCUUCUGCGUUUCUUGGUUAGCCACACAAUUUUAUGACAAAA